GCUUCUAUCAGAAGGAGCUGCACCUGUUGACGGUUCGUUAGUCACAAACGGUUUGUUUGGUAUCGAGAAGUGUUUGUAUCGCUGAUGUUUUCCUCGUCUGGUCUUUUUGCUGAUAUAAACUGUCCAUUCUCAAAACGUGGGCUUUGUGGGCGACCUUACUGUUUGUACAAACAUGCCAAGGAACUGCAGGGUAUGUUUGGUGCAUCCGAAAAAUCAUCGACAGUUGACUUUGCAGGAGUGCAAAAUAGCUAUGCAGUGAAUGAUGAGACCAAAGAUGACUGCCUCCAAGAGCUGGAGAGGAUUAACAAGGAGAUUGAAACUGUAAGGCAUGAGGUAGCUCAGGAGCAAAAGCGACUGUCACGCUACCAGACCGUACAGGUAGACGGCAUAAACACUGCAACUGCUUUCUCUGUUUCCACAUCUGAGACUGCAGGUAAACUUAAAGGCAAAGGAACCGGUGGGCUAUCUUCAUACACAACCUUUAGAAAAACGUACUCCCGAGAAAGGAAAUACGUAGUUGACAAUUCAAAACCAAGGACUGAUUUGGAGUAUGACCCUCUGUCCAACUUUUCUGCUGGCGUAGGUUCCUACAGCUCAGCUGCUAAAGAGCAAAAAGUGAAAAAUGGACAAGGUUUGAAAAGGGCACGAAAGGCUGUUCCUUGUGACAAUAAGAAACCAGUUGUAUGUCAGCCUGACCAAUUCUUCUCGCCAUCACCAGAGCCACUUGAUGACUCCAAUGAAGACAGCCUCCUAAUUAUCGACAUUCCUCCCUCUCCUGACAACAAAAUAGUGAGAGCGCAGAAAUCCGGUGAUUCUGUUGCUGGCAAAUACAUCAAGGAAGAAAUAGAUAAAUUGGGAGUUGAAAAAACACACAUUUUACUUAAUUCUGAGGCAUACAAAGUUACAUCUCAACCUGCAUCAAAGAUAAAAGGAGAUAAACUUUCUAUUAACUGCGUAGCUGGAAAAACUCAAAGUCUUAUUAAUCUUUAUGAGAACGAACAAUGUGAAAAUAUACCAGUUGAUGCGAGUGCAGUUGAGUCAACUGGCUUUUCAGAAGACCGCUUUCAGGCUGCAGAAGAAGUAGUUGAGAAAAUUACUGAACCUUCAAAUCCUUCCAAUUUAGACCAGCAAGUUAACUGGAACAAUCUGGUUUUUGAAAAGGAAGAAAAGACAUUUCAGGUUGAAUUUCUUCAGUGUGAUCGGCAAAAUUGUGCUGAGCAAAUGAAUCCUCUGCAGGCGCAUCAUUUUCCACCAAAGAAUUCACUGUUUAAUCUCGCUUCAGAUGCUAAUUCAGACUCACCAUGUAGGAAAAAACCCAAUCAAGCUGCUGAACCUGAAAACUUCCUUGAGUCAGCUUCAGACAGUGGCUACGCUCAAGCUUGGCAUGAGUCAUCAGCAUCAAGUAUGACUAAUGGCGCUGAAUCGGCAUCCCCAUCCACUGAACAGCUUUUGGUGAAAGAAGCGACUGGGAGUGUUGUAUACAUUAGCUCUGAUGACGAUGAACUCAACUACUCGGCUAUAGAGCUGUCAGACAGUGACCCAAUGGAGGAAUGCUACAGGAUCUUCAUGGAGGCCAACGAGGAUAAGGAAGAUGAGGAGCAGCCAGACGUAUCUAUUGGAGCUAUGGAUGAAGAGAAGAACAAGUUAGAUGUCAAACAACAAGCAUUGCCAGGGAAGAAGAGGGUGGCUCAUGAAGUCAAACAUAUAGAGCAGCCACCGAGUAAGAGCAGACCUCAACACCAGGUGCUGGUUCCCUUGCUUGGGCCUGUGGUGUCAGGGUUUGCCUCCCAGUCCUCCAUCACCUCUGAGGUCCAGCAGGUCCAGCAGAGAGCCUCGAUGCUGACAGCUUCAGUUAAAGGUGUUCAGCAUCUGGUUCACCCCAACUCUCAGAGGAGGCCAGAGACCCAGAGUGCACCUUUGUCUUCAACUCAAACAACUGGAUACAUGCAGCCCGCUCCUGUGCAAAAUACUUACAUGAACUACAUAUCUUUGGGAACUGCUGUGAUUGGAGUGGGCAACAACUUGCAUUUGAUCCUCCCAGAAGGCACCUUUCCUCUGCCUGUCACUUCUAGUUCCGGCCAAGUUACUUCAGUGCUAACCCCAAUCAGUCAGGUGCCUACAAGCACUGUCGCUGUGAGACAAAUGUACCCUCUACCUGUAGUUACCCCCAUGCAAAGAUACCGCACAACAGCACCUGUGCUCAUCCCUGCACCGGCACGUAAACCCUCACUGACAUCUGCCUUUGCAGCAGCACAUUCAAGUCCAACUACUUCCACUACGGCUCAAACUGCUGUCAAUGCUGGCCUUAAGCUGGUGCCUACUAAACGUAAGAUGAAGCAACAGUGCGAGACUGUCAAAGUUCCCCAUGACACCCGACAACGUUAUGUCAACUUGUUUACAGAGGAGUUCCUCAAGACAACAGCCAAUGUUAACGAUGCCUUUGAAAAGGCACUUGCUGAAGAGAAGGCUGUUUAUAAUCGCAGUAUGAACAAACUCAAAUAUAUGAGUGUUGCUGUAAAUGCACUGAAGAAGCUCAAGAACCAAGUUGCCGUUGCUGAUAAAGAUGAAAAUGAAGUCAACAGCCAAAAAUCCAAAGGCAACAUUCCCCUUAAUCUGAAGUUUAAAGGACAUGAUGAUACAGCAUUGUAUGAGAGCUUGAAGGAAUAUAUUUUGACUGAGGAAAAGCUGGUUGAGAGGAACUUUCCUUUCCAGCACCCAGAGAAACCUGGCUGUGCUGUUCUUUUUGCUGACAACAAGAAAGGCCACGCGGACUCCCUCAAGAGGAUCUGCUGCCGAUGUGGCGCUACUUACUCUGUGAGCCAAACGGGCAAGCACAUUCGUAAGGAGGAAUGCAACUACCACUAUGGGAAAGGAGUUACAAAGAAGGUGCCAGGUGGAGUUGAGACCCGCUACAGCUGUUGUGAAGGAGUCAUGGGAGCCCCUGGAUGUCAGGUGUUUAAGCUGCAUGUCCAUGACUUUAUCAGCUUGGAUGGGUUUGUGUCGACCGUCCCAAGACAUCCCUCAGAUGCGAGCUGUCAUAGGGUCUACUCCUUGGAUUGUGAAAUGUGUUAUACCAUUCAUGGCCUGGAGCUGUCCAGAGUGACUGUGGUCAACUGUAAUCUGCAAGUCGUCUAUGAUACCUUCGUCAAACCUGAUUAUGAAGUCAUUGAUUAUAACACCAGGUUUUCAGGCAUCAGUGACGAAGAUCUUAAAGGAAACCUCACCUCCCUCAGAGAGGUGCAGGAGACCUUAUUGAGCUUCAUCAGCGCAGACACCAUUCUUAUUGGACACGGCCUGGAAACAGACCUCUAUGCCCUGAAGUUGCUCCAUGGGAUGGUGGUAGACACAUCAGUGGUCUUCCCACAUCGCCUGGGCCCCCCUCACAAGCUGACCCUCAACAAACUCACUGCUGAUUACCUCAGGAGAAUCAUCCAAGAGAGUGUUUGUGGCCAUGACACCGCAGACGAUGCUGCUGCCUGCAUGGAGCUUAUGUUAUGGAGGGUCAAAGAAGAUGGAAAAUUUAAAAAAUGAUGGCAAUAAACCUGGAUAAUCACCACACUUUUCAUACAUGUAUAAAACACUUGCUGUCAUGCAAGUAUAUGUCACAUCUAUUGUGUUCUAAAAACAUUGGAGGGCUGUUUUUUUGUUUGUUUACAUCACUUGAUUUAUAUUGUUUACAGUAUUUCCUGUAUGUUACAUUUUGAUUUGCAGCCCAUAUAUACGUAUUUGUUGAAACCUGUAGGGUGGGGUGUCAUCAGUAUUUUCCAAGUAAAGGCACAUAAUGAAAUCA